AUGGAUAACGCUCAUAAACGCAAAGGAAGCGAGGAGGUUGGCAGCUCUGCAAAACGAUCCCGCCAUGAUGAGGGAAACCCGCGAACCUUCGAGGAAGAGUUGGCUUUGCUCGGUGAAGUCGUGGACAAAGAUCCAGCACACAAGUGGUCCAGGCCGGCUGCACCGAAGUUAAAUCCUUCCUCUGAAAGCCUCGUAUUUCAGCAGUUGGAGGUGGACAACUACAUCGGUUUGUGCCUCUAAGUUUCUUAAUAGAUACAGUUAUUCUAUUGUGAAGGUUGAAACUUUUUUUUUAGAUUCUAUCUUUAGAUUGGGUUUGAUUGGUGAACUUGUUUUACAUGGUAUUGUAAAUCAUACUGUUUUCGGGUGUUACCGUCUUUGCAAGUGGUCGAGGGUGCAAUCCUUCAGCCUGAUUUCAAUUUGUGUCAGGAAUGAAAAAUGAAUGCUAUAAAGAAACUAAUCAUAUUAUAAAUAUCAAGAUUUCUGUUAUGAUUCUUCAUCGCAGGUAAACCCCUGCAGGGAAUGCCAGGGUCCAAGGUUGGUCCAGUACCGAUAGUUCAGAUGUAUGGGGUGACAAUGGAGGGGAACAGUGUCCUUUGUCAUAUCCACGGGUUCGUACCAUAUUUUUACGUCCCAGCUCCGUCAGGAUUUCAGCAGAGUUACUGCAGUGUAUUUCGGGAUUGUCUUGAUAAAGCUGUGUUGGGAGACAUGAGAUCAAAUAAGGAUGUUACUCAGGUAGGUGUCAUGCGUUCUAUCUGGAUAUGUGGAAAAGUAAAAAAAGGAAAAUAACAUUUCACAGGAUUUACCUAAGAAGAUGUCAUUUGUUAUUCAAGGGGAAUUGCCAUACAACUUCAUCUUGCCAGCUCAGGAGAGCAAAAAUUACUGUAUUUCUAUCAAUCUGCUAUCAAAAUCUAGCUAUUUACUACAAUUUUCAGAUCAUGUGUACUAAAGGCACCCGCAGUCGAGUGUUGAUCAAUACCAGCAAUUGACACUCGACCAAAAUAUCGAUUAAGUGUGGUUGACACUCGAUCAACCUGUUGAUUGACACUCAGUCGACAGUCGGUCGAUAGUCGGUGAAUAGAAUCCUACUUUUUGCAGACACUCCAUUGAGGCGUGGCGCGAAAACUGGCAAGCUGCGUUCAGUUUUAAUUCAAGCUGGAAAGAUUUGUAGAUAUCAUUUUGGUUGACAAUUUCAUUACAGAAAAAGACACAAAGAGAUGUGAUUCUUUUGCACACAAAGAAAUUUGGGUUUAGCAACUAAGUUCAUGUAGUAAAUUGACCAUGGUACAAGAAUGCGAGAGCUGACAUUUUGAGCAUUUACCCUAGCCUUUGUCAAAGCGAAUUAGGGAAUUAUGGGUCGUUAGCGGUGUAUAUACUGAACGAAACAAAGAAUGAAAUAUAUAUUAAUUGCCAAGUUUUGAUUCAGCUGAGCUGUCAUUCAAGGUUGGAGUUUUUUCAUUACAUUAACACAGUUAAUUGAUUAGUGAUCAAAGCUCACACUAGAGGAAUCUUGCUCAGCUACCACCGAAUCAUUGAGACUGAGGCCUUCAGUGGAUGUCAGUGAUGAUUUGAACUGGACUUUACACAGGACAGGUUGGAUAAGUCCUGUUAGACAUACAUCCUGGACAAAUUAAGUAUGUAACAUUUAGUGCAUUAUCAUAAUUAUCCUGGAUAGAUCUAAAAUUUUAACUGAUAUACUAAGCGGUUAGGGGAAGUUCAGCUCAUUUAAAAAUUUAUUGAAAACUUUAUCUAUGUUUCUAUCAUUUCCUCAGAACAGGCACCUCAAGAAAGCUUUUUUUUUCUCAAGUGUGGGGUGGUGACGGUUGGAUGGGGGGGGGGGGUGUUAUUGGCAGCUCCUAGAUCCUUAGCUUCUCUUUAUCAAUUAAAUGCCUAAGGAGUUUCUUUGUUAUUUUCCGGUGUAAAAGCUUCCUGUAGGAAAGAAAGGAAGAAGUCUGACUUCUUCCUUGAAUCAUUUGACAGGGCAGCUCAGCAACAUAGCUCGAUCUUUGACCGACAGCUUUCCACAACGCUCCCUCUCAGUGGAAACAACUGUGUUGAACUUAUCUCUGUCCAAGAUUUUUAGCUCACAAAUUCCAAUGAAUUCCCUCAGCAUAUUUCUGGCCACUCCAUAUUUCUCCAUAGCCUUGGCAAGGGAACACUUUCUCUGUUUCAAUAUCUUCAGAACUCCUUCAUAAUGGGUGUGAACUCCUCCCAGAUCCAGGCCUGUGACUAUAAGGUGUAACAGAAAGUAUCAAUGAAAUUGUGAAUCUAAUCUUUCCAGUCCAAUAACUUCCAUUUAUGUUGUGUACUUCAAAUAUCACAAUUCAAAUGCAGUACAGUGCAGCUUAUUGUGACUAUCAUGUAAUCCUAUGAGUUACACUAUUGGCUACUUUACAUCACAUGGUUGGAUGGUUAUCUUGCAAUAACCCCCAUCUGCAUUGAUAUUUGUCCUUCAAUUAUUUCCAUCGAAAAGAAGGAAAUCCAGCUCAAGAGGUUCAAAUUUUUAUAAUUAUUUUACAAGGAAGAAAAAGAAACUCUUUUCCUAGAGUCCAGUGUUAGUGACAUUAAAAAGCCAGUCACAAAUGCUGUUCUGGAAAAUACAAAAAAGUAAAAAAAAUAUGCUGUCAAUGUCUUUAACUUUAUUUAAGUCUCAAAUUGUUCUAGCCAAACACAAGUGCUCUACUAAUUGGGGAGACUGUAAAUCAAAGAGGGGGAAACUGGAGUACCUGGAGAAAAAUCUCUCAGAGCAGAGUUGAGAACCAACAAACUCGAUUUGUGUUUCAGCCAUAAAUCAAAGAGGGGACUGAAAAACUCAGUCUGUCCAGUACAGACCUCAAACUCAGUUAGUAAGAGGUAUCUAGUAGUCAAGUGUGGUGAACCAAUCAUACCAAUGACUAAAAUCUUGAAAAAAGCUGGAAAGAGCACCUUAAAAUUAGUAGAAAUGGCUAAGUUUUGGAGUUAUAUCUGAAACACAAAGCGCACAAGGCCAUAAGGGGGAAAAACGAGGAUUCGUAACUUACAAAAUGGAUCGGCAAGACGAGGUUUGUAAGACUAAGAGAUACAAUAAUUAACUAUUAAGAUAAAAAGGUAUAAAGGUUGAAAACUAAUAAAAGUCAGCCAAGCGUCGGUAGAGUAUUGGCUGAGAGUCGACAGUCAAUUGGCCGAUUAGCUGUCGCAAUAAGGAUGCUGCCGGCCGACACAUGAGUUGGUCGCCACUUGACCGGCUAUUGACCCUUGUCAAGCUGGUGUGGACCAUGUGUCAAUUGACAUAUGGACCAAUUGUCUAUUGACACUCGACCAACAAGUCAAUCGCGUGUCAACCACACUCGAUUGAUAUGUCAGUUAAGUGUCGAUCACUGGUAUCAAUUGUCACUCGACCACGGGUGCCUUUAGUAGACAUGAUCCCAAUUUUCAACAAAAUUAGCCAAAAGGAAGAAGUGUUUUAUCUGAAUAAGACCCUCCUAUUAGUUUUCAACUUUUCCCAACUGUUCUCCAAGUAAUUUUUGAUAUUAUGGUGUAAGGAGAUGUUAACCACUUCAUUACCCAGGCUGUUCUUGCCGUUGACUGUGAGACAAAGGAGAGUAUUUAUGGAUACCAUAGCAACAGGAAGAUCCCAUUCCUUCGCAUCACCAUGGCACUGCCAAAACUUGUUGCACCAGCUAAACGGAUUUUGGAGACUGGCUUUAAAUGUGCAGAUCUCCCAGAAAGAGGAUAUUCCACUUAUGAAAGCAACAUUGAUUAUGAGGCAUGUUACAAUCUUAUUAUAACUUUCAUUUACUGUUGUAAGUUUCACCUUUGUAGGAAGAUGUAUUAAUGUAAAAUUGUAACCUUAAGGUUUCCCAAAGGGCAGUGAACAUCUUUAUAUAUUUUUUAUCAGCCAGGGAAUUUGUUAAUAGUUGGUUACCAAGCUCAUCAGAGCUUGCUAUACCAGUUUUUACAGUAUGAAGGGGUGAGAAGGUUAUUGUCCCUCCACUUAGAUGGGAUUGAUGCUUUUUCCACAUUAUCUUUCCAACACUGGUUCUGACCAUUUUAAACUCAUGCUUGAAGAAGGGGAAAAAUCCUGAAUGUUGUCUGCUAAACAAACUUUAACAGUACAGUGACUCACUCAUGAGAAAUGUGAGGCUGAAAAAGGGCACCAAUUUAGUUAAUAACUGUCCUGUUUAUUUUUUUUUUUCUUGUUCUUGUUUUGAACAUGAAAGGUUCGAUUCAUGGUAGACACAAGUGUUGUGGGCUGUAACUGGAUAGAAUUACCAGCUGGGAAAUACAGAGUGCGUUCACCUUCCAUGGGAGGUAGUGGAAAAAGUGAGGCCCAGCCUGUGUCUCAUUGUCAAAUUGAAGUGGAUGUUGCCUAUGAUGAGUUCAUUAGUCACAGUCCUGAAGGUAAUUAGUCAAUUCUAAGUUAUUUCCUCUGAAAUCGUGUACUAUACAUUAGGGAGGUAAUCAGAACCAAAGCAAAAUUCUCAAUGUGCCAGCUCUAUUCGGGUGCUAAUUUAUGGGAUUGCCUACAAGUCAAGUGUUUUCAUAGUUUUGAUUAAUUAGUAACAAGACUGUGUAUCUUCCAGUUUUCCUAGCAGUCAUAGUCAUAAUUAACUGAUCAGACUGCUGCUUUGUGGUCAUCCUCUGAUUACAGCUGGAAUUGGACUCCAUUCAGUCCCAUUACCACUAAUGAUUGUGAUUCUCAGAAAACUAUGAUCACUUAGAAUAUUUAGGCAAUGUUUUUGUAUUAUGAUCAAUUGCACUGGCAGUAAGGGCAUGCAAGUAAACUUUUACAGCUUAUUCUUAUCCCAUGCCUGGUUGACUUGUUGUCCUUGGCCAACUGGCAACAGUUUGUGUAAUUUCAUACCUCUGACUCUUUAGAAAAAAAGUUGUUUUGUAAUAUUCUGAUUAUAAUGGUAAGAGGAACUUUAUAGUAAUGAUUGUAAUUGUUGUCAUGAUUCCUUUUUGUUCAAAGGUGAAUGGUCUAAAGUGGCUCCAGUUCGAAUCCUGAGUUUUGACAUAGAGUGUGCUGGCAGAAAGGGAGUGUUUCCUGAACCAGAGAAAGAUUCAGUGAUUCAGAUUGCAAACAUGGUCAUAAACCAGGGUGAUAAGGAUCCAUUCAUCAGAAAUGUGUUCACACUGAACUCCUGUGCUCCAAUUGUAGGGUCACAUGUUUUGUCAUAUAAAAGGGAACAAGAUAUGCUUCAGGUCUGUGGCAGUUAAAAAUUAAGUCAAUUUAACUAACUCCACAACAGAAAAGAAAAUGGUUAUUUUCAAAAUUUUCUCCAAGUAAAGAAAUAUUUUCAGGAAAUAUCCAUGAGUCUUGGAUGAUUGUCACUAGAGCCAUAUGCAACACAUUUUUCAGUGACAAACUUGCGUCAUAAGUAGGCUGCUAUGAAAGGAAUUUGUCAACUUGACAAUUUCCAUGACUUUUUAAGGUUAAGUGUUGGGAUAACAUUAUACUGCAACAUCAGUCUUGUAACAGGGUACAGUCUAAGUUAUUAAAGGUACUUACAUAUUGAGCAACAUUCCUGACUUUCUUCUUUUUUAUUACAAUGACCAAAAAUGUCUGUACUUUUUUAUUUAUGAUGGCCAUAAGCUGUCAUAGUUAGACCUGUAAGCAAUUAUGGUACUGCUGUUUCUAAUUUUCUUUUGCUGAUUUUCUUAUCUUUUUAUUACAAGGAACAAAAAUGUCUGUACUUCUUGAUUUAUGAUGAUCAUAAGCUGUCAUAAUUAAACUUAGUCUAGUAAGUAAUUACAGUUCUGCUGUUUCUAAUUUCCUUUUUCUGCUUUUCUUAUCCAUUUGUUUAAAGGCAUGGAGUGAUUUUGUAAAAAAAGUGGACCCUGACAUCAUAACUGGAUACAAUGUUGUGAACUUUGACCUUCCCUAUUUACUGAAUCGAGCAGCAGCUUUGAAGGUUCAGUCCUUUUCAUUCCUUGGACGUGUGAGAGAUGAAAAGAGCACCAUAUCAAACACAGUUUUUCAAUCCCGUGCUUAUGGCAAACGUGAGAACAAAGUCAUAAACAUUUCUGGACGUGUUCAGUUUGAUCUGUUACAUGCCUUGCUGAGAGAUUACAAACUGAGAUCUUACACCCUGAACUAUGUCAGUUUUUAUUUUCUACAAGAACAGAAAGAAGAUGUACAGCAUAAUAUUAUAACAGAUUUACAGGUACAUAAGAAAAGAUGUUUGGUAUUUACCAUUAAUUGAUUAAUUGCCCAAGGAUUUUUAGAGUAUUGCGAGGUUUAAUUGAUAAUGUUCAGAUUUUUAGUUAGAGUUGUUUUAGAGCCUUAAUUAAGUGAAAAAUGCUAAAAAUGUUUUGGUAAAAACAUCAUCAUCUUCAAUGAUCUCCAGUAUAUAUGUGUAUUUGUAAAAGAUUUUAAAAUAAUUUUUAAUGAAAAUAUUAAUCAUUUUUAUUAAGAAUGGAAACGACCAAACCCGUCGCAGACUGGCCAUUUAUUGUAUGAAAGAUGCUAUUCUUCCUCUGAGGUUACUAGAAAAACUUAUGUGCCUUAUUAACUACAUGGAGAUGGCACGAGUCACUGGUGUUCCUCUUAGUUAUCUCUUAUCAAGAGGACAGCAGAUUAAAGUUGUUUCACAGCUCCUCAGAAAGGUGAGUUCCCUGAUACUUGCAGAUAGUCUAUUUGAUAUCAGACUGCAGUUUCAACUUGGUUUACAUGUGACUGGAGGCUUAUCCCCAUGAGCUUAAGAAUUUGGCUCAAACAGACACUGUCCAGUUUUUUUUUUUUUUUGGAAAAUUGUUACUAUUAUAGUAGCUCUUAUAUGUGCAUUAAUGGUUCCUGGAAUUUGUGAUAAUGGACAUGGGCUGUAAUUGAAGGUAUUUCUAAUGAAUAACAGUUGCAUCUGAUUGCUGUAAAAUCAGUUGUGCUUUGCUUUAAUGCAAAAAGCUUGCUGUGAGGGGUUGUCAACUGCAACCUUACACCAUUAAAAUCAAAAUUAUGCUGUGAAAUUUUUGUAGUCAAAAGAGCAAGACUUGUUACUUCCUGCUCACAAGGCAGAAGCUGGAGAUGAAUACACUGGAGCCACUGUCAUUGAACCAUCUAAAGGGUAAACUCCUUUUCACAUCAGAGUUUCAGUUGUUAAAGUCAAUGAAUAGUAAGUGGGCUGUAGUUGUAUUGAAAGUAUUUCACUGAUUUUGUCUGAUUGGUAGAAAAGUGCUUGAUGAAAUUAACUCAGAUAUCACUGGUAAUCAUAAAAUCAAUCCAUGUGACGUUCAUUAUUCCCUAAUUAGCAAGAGGAAGUUAUUUGUUUGUUUUUCUUCACAGGUAUUAUGACAUUCCUAUUGCAACACUUGAUUUCUCUUCAUUGUACCCAUCUAUCAUGAUGGCUCACAAUUUGUGUUACACUUCUCUUCUGCAUCAUAGUGAUCUGGCUAAGUAAGUAAAUGGUCAUGAUCUUGCUAACAUGCUUGGCAAUAUGUAGUUUUUGUUACAGUAUUAUUGCAGAAAUAUAGUAAACUGUUUAUGUUAAGUCGAAGCUCAGUCAUAGGGUUUAACAGUGACUUCUUAGACAGACACCAAAUGGUGACUGAGUACUCUCCUUCCAGUCACCAGAUGGAAAGAUUUAGUCACUAACACAACAUUGGCAAGAUUUUUAUUUCAAAAUGAAUUAAGGAAAUAUCAGGUUGUAGAGAUGUUUCUUGAAUUAUGAUGUAUUCCUUCUCUUGAAAAAUUAAUCACCCAUAGAUUUUACAAAAGCAUGGCAAAAUCAUGAUCAAGUACUGAUGAUGAUAAGUAGGUGAAAAAAAAAAAGCUUUUUCAUAGUAAUAUUAAUUUUUUAAAUAUUGACUUAUUUUUAUCUAUUUCUCAAUUUUGAGAAGCAUCUAGAGGGAACUGGAUAGCUAUUAAUAUUAUUAUUAUUAUUACUAUUAAUAUUAUUAUUAUCAUUAUUAUUAUUGAUCUUGAUCAUGAUCAUAGGCUCAAAGUUAAAGUUUUCUUUAGUUAACACCAAAGGUUAUCAAAGGUGAUCUAUCUUGCUUUUACUGUUUAUUAAAUGGCUAAUUUUGUGUUUGUAUAUUUCAGUCUAAAACCUGAUGAGUUUAUCAAGACCCCUUCUGGAGAUUUUUUUGUGAAGGCAUCUCUAAGGAAAGGACUGCUGCCUGAAAUUCUUGAGCAUUUGUUGUCUGCAAGGAAAAAGUAUGGAGGGAUGUUAAUUUCUCACUACUUAUUGCAUUCUUUCAUGAUGUCUAGAGGUAGACUGUUGAAGGAGUGGGAGUUCAUUUCAUUGUUAGGCAAUUUCACGAAUAAUAUCUGGCAUAACAAUACCAAAACAAAAGUUUAGUUAAACUGAUGCGAUGCAAAGUGGUGCAACAACGUAACAAUAUUGUCACUUUGGAGGGCAUUUCAUUCAAAAUUAAAAACUGAAGAUUGACAACAAAACAGUCUGAACAGUCUUCUUAGUGUGCAAAUGGCUUAAAUACAUUUUUAGCACAUCAAAAUCUCCUUUGUAGCUAACAAAGUGAUAAUAGUAGUUUUAAAUGUUAGGUUGACAAAAAAUAAUGAUAAACACACACAUGCUUGAUGACAAUAUGGUCUUAUGUAAUGAUGCAUCAAUCUUUCUCAAUUAGAGCUAAAGAGGAUUUAAAGAAAGAAACAGACCCUUUCAGGAAGAAGGUACAAAUUGUGACUCAGCAGAUAUAUAUUUUUUUUCACUUCAAUGAUUUGAUUUAAAAAUAUUUGCCAACCACUCAACUAUAAUGCUUUUAACCAUAGGUUCUUGAUGGUCGACAGCUGGCUCUUAAGUUAAGCGCGAACUCUGUGUAUGGGUUUACUGGAGCACAAGUUGGAAAGCUUCCCUGUCUGCCAAUUUCACAGGUAGCUACAAGUUCAAAAUAUAACUAAGCUUUGAUCGAGUUGCAUUGUAAGUCUAAUUUCUGGUUAGUUGAAUUUAUUCUGCAACUGCCCCUCUAAGUUUGUACCUGUCAUAGGGACUGUAUAUUGAUCCCAGCUCCAUUUGACUCUUAAACUCCUACAAUGUGAUUAUUAAUUCCCACUCCUUGCUGAUAUACAUUUUCUUGUAAUUAAGUAGAGAGAAAUUGGUGUUGUAUUAAGACAAGACCUUUUAGUGAAUAACUAUUGACAGUAAGAAGUUCCAUGUGAAUUACUUGUAAGGGUCAAAAUGUAAACUGAAUGCAAUCCACUUCUGGGAAUGUCAAUUGUAACCCUCCCACCCAUGCAAUAGGCUUUCAAAUGUGUUUUAAAAUUUUCACAUGAUUAAUGUUUAAAAUUUUUAAUUGAACCUUAAUUGUGAUGACAGUAAGGAAGAAACAACAAUGACAAAAUGUGGAAUAUUGUUUCACUGCAGAGUGUGACAGCUUUUGGGCGCAUGAUGAUAGAGAGAACAAAAGAACUUGUUGAAGAAAAAUAUACAGUGGAUAAUGGGUACAAAACAAAUGCUCAGGUAAAUACUGUUGAAUUAAUGCUGUUUGUUAUGAAGUACCCGCACAGAUAAACACAAAAUUUCACCACUGAAUAAGAUCUAUUGACUGUACAAUUUAGCUGAUCAGAGGAUGGCUUAAUUCUUCUUGUACACCACAUUUGUUGCCUUUAGGUCAUCUAUGGAGACACAGAUUCUGUAAUGGUCAAGUUUGGAGUGGAUUCUGUUGCAGAGAGCAUGGAACUUGGUAAAGAAGCUGCAGGUUAUGUAUCUGGUCACUUUAUCAAACCCAUCAAAUUGGAGUUUGAGAAGGUAAGAUGUAAUUGAUGGAGUUUUGGAACAUAGUGGACUGAUCCCUUCCCAGGUUGAUUUUGUUUCUUGUCUUUUUUUAAUUGCAUUAUGCAAUUUUGCACAUUGUUGCAGGUGUAUUUUCCAUAUCUUCUGAUCAGCAAGAAGCGCUAUGCUGGAUUGUACUUUACUAAAGCCGAUAAGCAUGACAAAAUGGACUGUAAGGGAAUAGAAACAGUAAGUCUGCUAAUUAGCUCUUCAACUGAUAAUUUCUCAGUCUUUUUCCCAGGCAUAGCUACUGAUUCUUUGUUACUUUUAUUUAUUUUAUUCUUUGAUAAUAAUGGCCUUUAGAUCAGUGUAGGUUCUUUCUUAAUUGUUGGUUUUGUUUUAUUUUCACAGGUAAGAAGAGAUAACUGCCCUCUGGUUGCAAACCUUAUUAACUCCUGCUUACAAAAAAUUCUCAUUGAGAGGUACAGGUCUUUGAAGCUUGCUCAUCACUACUGGUUCAUGUGAUCAUUUGUAUUCAGUCAAUUUCUUACUUGUAAGUCAUAAAUGUUUUUGUCCAUAGGGAUCCCAUGGGAGCUGUUGAUUACACAAAGCAAGUGAUAUCAGACCUUCUGUGCAACAGAAUUGAUAUCUCACAGCUGGUGAUAACAAAGGAGUUGACAAAGACAGGGGACGAAUAUGCUGGGAAACAGGCACAUUCUGAGCUGGCAGAGAGGUCGGAUUUACAACUAACUUGGUAGCCAUGAUAGAGUAAUUUUCAACAGAGUGUUGAAAGUGAUCUAGGACUGCUUUGGUUUUGUUUUACUAUGCCAUGUUAUUAAUCUGAAAAUCUCACACCAGUCCACUCUUUCAACCAAUUAUAUGCAAAACAAACUCCACUCAUGACUUAGUUGCCUGCCUUUCUUUCUAUUUACUAUAGGAAGUUUUCUUGUUUUUACUUUGAGUUCUCAUUGACUCUUCAGGGUAUUUCCUUUCAUCUGAUUCUCCAUUGUUUUUUCUUUGAUUUUGGUUUUAUAACACCUAGUUGAUCAGUUUGUAUUAUUGUUGCCUCAGUCCAAUUUGUACAGUUUAAUAAUAACCUGUGCACAUGAUUGUGACAAAAAGUUACCUUCUAAGGUAUUUUGCUUUUUGCUUUUCACAGAAUGCGGAAACGUGAUGCUGGUUCUGCUCCCAAGCUGGGAGACAGAGUCCCAUAUGUCAUCAUUGCUGGUGCUAAAGGAGAGAAAGCUUAUGAAAAAGCUGAGGUGAAUAGAACCUUUUUUUCAAAUCACUUGAUUGUUUUUAAAAAAUAUUACCAAGUUUGCAUUCUUUGCAGGAUCCCAUUUAUGUGCUGGAGAACAACAUUCCUAUUGACACAAAAUAUUACCUUGAGAAUCAGUUGUCAAAUCCCUUGCUGAGAAUAUUUGAGCCUAUUUUGGGAGAGGCAAAAGCAACCUCUGUGCUUCUAAGUAAGUCUGCAUUUUUCCUUCCCUUACACUGUAAAUAGCCAAUGACUUUGUUAUCAAGUAGAAAGAUCCUUCCUCAAAGAACUGUAUUAACUGUAUUAAAAAUUAAAUAUUAUCUAUCUUUUCACAAAAAGCAUACAGUUCAUUCACAUUAAUAUGCAGCCACACUAAAUAAUAUCAACUUGUGUUAUUACUAGAUUUCCAUAAUGAGCCUCCUAAGGAGCUUGUUAAUGUUUGUGAUACAAUGCUCUCAAACCUUACAUUUGGAAGACAUUUGUUUUAACCUUUUCACUCCCAAGAUCUCAUUAGCAACUCACAUUACUAUCAACUGUACAACUCUUGUGAUGCAAGUUCUACAAAUUUUAUAUUGGAUCAACCAAUAGUUCUCUAAUUGAUAAUUUUCUUUACUCUCACAACCUGUAAAACCAAAUGACAAUCUCAAGUGAGGCCAUGUGUAGUGCGAUUUGCUGCUUUUGUUCUCCAAUUCAACUAAACAAAAGACUCUUAUUUUAAUUCCCUUGUUUGAUAUCUUUGCAGAAGGGCAACAUACACUCACAAAAACUAUUGUAACAUCAAAAGUGAGCAAGCUGGCUAUGUUUACUAAGAAGAGAGAAACUUGCCUUGGGUGUAAAGCAGUCCUUGACAACAGUGAGUAUACUGUGUGAAAUUAAGCUGUUACACUCAAAAAAUUCUCAUAAAACACUAACACAACUGUACACAAAACAUAUGUCUGAACUUCAAUUUAAGUAAAAAAAAAAAAAUGGAGAUUUGGCAUGAAUCAGUUUUUCCAUUACUGUUCUGAGAUGUGUUGUCACAACUUCUGAUCACAUCCUCUCCCUUGCUUACCAGAUUCUGCUGUCUGUAAACACUGUAAGCCUAAAGAGUCUGGUCUCUACCAAAAAGAGAUUUCUCACCUGAAUGCAUUGGAAGAAAAGUUUGCAAGGCUAUGGACUCAAUGUCAAAAUUGUCAAGGCAGUCUGCAUGCUGAUGUACUGUGUACCAGGUGUGAAAAAUACGAUGAUUGAUAUUUUUUGACAAGAGAUAGUUGUGUUCUUCAACAGGACACUUCACUCUCUUCUUCUCUUUCCACCUAGAAAUAUUAAUCCUCUAACUCCCAGAAGUGAUUAACAUGUAACUUACCCCUAUGAUAAUAAUAACCGUACACUAUCCAGCAGACAAAUAAUGAGAAUACUCAAACUAGUCAGGUGGAAGAUUUUAUCUGGUUCUAACACCAAAUUCUGGUAACCAAAUUACAAGGAAUUGUGUAGCAGUGAGAAGGGAGAAUUAACAAUCAGAUCUUGGAGUUUAAGGUUCUAUACUCUACUUUGCUUCUCAACUCACAGAAUAAUUUAAAGUGAAUGAAAAAUCUUUUGGGAUCAUUUAAAUCUGAAUCCAUGGCACUUUUUGAUUGUGUUAUGCAUUUACAUGGUUAAUAUCUGUUUUGUUUCAGUCGUGAUUGUCCCAUCUUUUACAUGAGAAAGAAGGUUCAGAAGGACCUCUGUGAUCAGGACAAACUCAUUCAGAGAUUUGGUGAUUGUACUUGGUGAUGACAGUUCCAUUUCAAGAAAAUAAGGAUUUUCUCAACAAACAUAUCAAGACAAAGAAGAGUAUUUGGAAUUGAAAAAGUAAUGAGUGCAACCCUGCAUGAAUACAUCUCACAUAAUGCAUGUAAAGUCAUUAAGGCAAAAGUCACACCCCAGAGCCCAAAGAAUCAUUAACUUGGAUAUUUUCAAGUGUUUAUAAC